CUAACCAUCCCCUUGAGAGAUACUUUCAUAAUUUCAAUCGUGAACUUGUCAGGUUUCUGGUGACACGACUACGAGUUAGCAAUGGCGUCGUCGCUUGGCGAUGCAGAUCUCUAUGCGAUCCUAGGGUUGAAGAUUGAAGGCGAUGCGGCUCCGCCUACCGCACCGGAAAUUAAGAAGGCGUACCGAAAGCGUGCGCUCGAAUUGCACCCGGACAAGCGACCAGGCGACAAAGCAGCAGCGGCGGAGUUUGACGAGCUGCAGAAGGCGUACGAGGUGCUCUCAGACGACAAGGCGCGCAAGGCGUAUGACGACCUGCGCGUGGUGCGGCGGGAGCGCGAGCGCAAGCUGGGGCAGCAGAGCAGCAAGCGACAGCGCAUGGUGGCGGAGCUGGCGGAGCGGGAGAGGAUGGCGGAGCGGCAGCGCAGCGAGGAGGAGAUCGCCAAGCAGAGACUUAAAGCGGAGAUAGAGAGGAUUCGCAAGGAGGCGGCGGCGGCAGCUGCUGCAGCGGCUGCUGCGGCACGGGAGGAGUACGGUGUGCAGCGGUUGUGGCGGAUGUUUGAGGAGUUUGGGAAGGUGGAGGAUGUGGUGGUGAGGGACGGGGCGAAGGGGAAGGGCAAGGGGGGCAAGGCGAGGAAGAAAGGCAGUGCCCUGGUGGUGAUGGCGUCUAAAGAAGCUGCGAUUGCAGCAACCCGCUCUGUCUGUGGCGAUACCUCAAACCCCCUUAUAGUCACGCGCGCAGUGGCAGCCCCUGCUGCAUCCACCAUAUGGGGCGCUGACACCCCCUUCAACCCCUCCGCUGCUCCCGCGGCAGCAGCAGCCUCAACAGCAGCAGCAGAUGCUGCGGCUGCAAGAGCCAGGGCUGGGUCUCAUGGUGCCACUGGGGGUUUUGGGAUGGGAAUGGGCAGUAGUGCCGGUGGCAGUGCAGGCUUGGGUGGAAUGAGGGGAGAUGGAGGGGCCAAACCAGCAGGAGAGGCAAGUGCCAGAGCAGGUGUGGGUGGAUUUCAAGCGAACGGGGCAUCGAGUGGAGCAGCGGCAGCACCAGCAGGAGGAGCAGGGGGGGGAGUGGGUGGAGGUGGGGUGGGAGUAGGAGCCCGGCCAGCCAUGGCAACCGCAGGGACAUCGUAUCGUGACUAUGAGAGUGUGACUCUAAUGCGCAUGAGACAGGCAGCUGAAAGAGCACGCAUAAUCAAGGACAUGCAAGCUGCCGAAAAAGAAGCAGCUGAGGGUGGAAAGGAGUAAGCUUGCGUAGCCAACAGGGCGGCAGACGCUCUGCCGUUUCUUCCAUCGUUGGAAUUUUCAUCCAAAGUGCGAUGUGCUCUCCACUGAGAGUGCAUUUUUGUCACACAUCCAUCCAUGGGCAUAAAAUGCUAACACAUUUUGUGUCUAUGGUACUAUUUUGAAGUUCCCAUUCUUGGCCCAUCCUCGAUACAGUAACAUGUAUGUGCGGAGACCGUUGGCAAAGGUCCA